AUGCCAGAACGAUCGACAGGACCGAUGAUGUUCAUUGGCGAGCGAUGUGCGCUCGACGAAUGCCAUCGAGAAGACUUCUUGCCAUUCAAGUGCAGCGACUGCCGUCAACACUUUUGCUCAAAUCACUUCAGACCCCAAACACAUCGAUGCUCGCACUACAACGAAAGCGAUGUCGACUAUCGCGUACCUCUCUGUCCGAUCUGUGACAACCCACCAGAAGGAUGGAAGCGAGACCAAGAUCCCAACAUUGCUAUGGAUCGCCACCUGUCUGGUCAGUGCUCAAUGCUCGAUAGCAACGGCUACUUGAAAGCGAAUGUCUCCGUUCCUGGAGCAAGCAACAUGAAGAGAGUCAAGAAGACGAACGAGUGCUCCUUCGCCAAGUGCUCCAAGAUCAUGGUGGUUCCCAUCACGUGUCCUCACUGCUGUGCCUCGUUCUGUCCCUCUCACCGCGCACCGAAUCAGCACAGUUGCAAACACACCUCGUCCACUUCAUUGCCAGCGUCAUCAUCGGCAAAGAUAGCGACAACCACGCAGUCAAGUAGCGGCGUCAAGAACGCUUUCCAGAACCUCAAGAUCAACAACUCCACAUCGAACUCAAGUGGCAAGCCCACCGCCGCAGUCAAGGCGAGCGAACAAUUGAGACCAGCCUCUUCCAACACCGCGUCAAACUCAACUUCAGCACCAUUCAGAAAGAUGUUUGGCAAGUCGGAAAAACGAGCGAAAGCAGAAAGAAUGUCUGCGAUACGCGCAAUGCAAGCUCGACAACGAAAAGGCAUCUUAUCGGAAGCAGACAAGCUCAAGCUAGCCGAAGAGAUGGCUGCAUUGUCCAAGACCGAGCGAAUGAAAGCGGAUGACUCCGACUGCCUCAUCAUGUGA